GGGGGGGGGGGAGGAGCAGUGGCCGCGGUGGGCUCGGCCCUCAGCGCCAGCAAAACCAAGACCAAGAAGAAACACUUCGUGUGCCAGAAGGUGAAGCUGUUCCGGGCCUCGGAGCCGCUGCUCAGCGUCCUUAUGUGGGGGGCGAACCACACGAUCAACGAGCUCAGCAAUGUUCCUGUCCCUGUCAUGUUAAUGCCCGAUGACUUCAAAGCCUACAGUAAGAUUAAGGUGGACAAUCAUCUAUUCAACAAGGAGAACCUGCCCAGCCGUUUCAAGUUCAAGGAGUACUGCCCCCUGGUGUUCCGCAACCUGCGCGAGAGAUUCGGCAUCGACGACCAGGACUACCAGAACUCGGUGACGCGCAGCGCGCCGGUGAACAGCGACAGCCAGGGCCGCUGCGGCGCGCGCUUCCUCACCACCUACGACAGGAGGUUCGUCAUCAAGGCCGUGUCCAGCGAGGACGUGGCGGAGAUGCACAACAUCCUCAAGAAAUACCACCAGUUCAUCGUGGAGUGCCACGGGAACACGCUGCUGCCGCAGUUCCUGGGCAUGUACCGCCUCACGGUGGACGGCGUGGAGACCUACAUGGUGGUGACCAGGAACGUCUUCAGCCACAGGCUGACCGUGCACAGGAAAUACGACCUGAAGGGCUCAACAGUAUCAAGGGAAGCAAGUGACAAGGAGAAGGCCAAGGAUCUCCCAACCUUCAAGGACAACGACUUCUUGAACGAGGGUCAGAAGCUGCACGUUGGAGAAGAGAGCAAAAAGAACUUCCUGGAGAAGCUGAAGAGGGACGUGGAGUUCCUGGCCCAGCUGAAGAUCAUGGAUUACAGCCUGCUCGUGGGCAUCCACGACGUGGACAGGGCGGAGCAGGAGGAGAUGGAGGUGGAGGAGAGGGCGGAGGAGGAGGAGUGUGAGAACGACGGGGGGGGGGGGGGGGGGGGGGGGGGGGGGGGGGGGGGGGGGGGGGGGGGGGGGGGGGGGGGGGGGGGGUCCGGGCCCCCCCCCGACAGCCCCGGCAACCUCCUCAACUACCCGCGCUUCUUCGGGCCCGGGGAGUUCGACCCCUCCGUGGACGUGUACGCCAUGAAGAGCCACGAGAGUGCCCCCAGGAAGGAAGUUUAUUUCAUGGCCAUCAUCGACAUCCUCACGCCCUACGACACCAAGAAGAAAGCUGCACACGCUGCCAAAACAGUGAAACACGGGGCUGGGGCUGAGAUCUCCACCGUGAACCCCGAGCAGUACUCGAAGCGUUUCAACGAGUUCAUCUCCAGCAUCCUGACAUAGUGCUGAGCCAGGGGCAGAGCAGGAGGCUCCUGCUCCCUGCAGAGCAGGGAACCUGCUGACCCAGGGGCUCCUGCUGCA